GAGCCGGAUAAAUAUCCAUUUAUCACAUAAAUAGAAUGCUAACAGCAGUGAAUCCUUGGUGGUUUUCUGUUUUCCGUUUUCCUCGGACCGAACUUAUAUUUUCGCCUUUCUAGCCUGGCUGCUGCGGUUGGCUUUGCCAAAUAAAGCAAGAAAUAAGUUAAAACAUACGUUCUCUGCGGUCUGACUCGGUGAAAUAAAAACAAAAACCCUGGGCCAGAGGCGGAAAAAGACAGUCACGUCCGUACUACUACAACCCCUCCGGUGGGGGAAAUGCGGUAUGCAAAUUCAGCCGAGAAGACUUCAUAAAAGCAGUGCAAAUAAUUAAAUAACAUUGCGGGAGCAAACAGCACGAACCAGGAGCAGAAUGACAUGCUACUUGAGCUGGCGAAACUUGGAUUAACUAGCUGCGAGGAAAUAAAUACGAAAUACGAAAUCCGAGAGCAAAUCCCAAACCAAUCCAAGUUCCGCCCAGGUGCGACAACCGACAGAUGCCCUCGCCCAAUAAAAUGUCCUGGCGGGAAAAGGAGUGCUGCGCAGGACGAGGGGCCACCAUCCUGGCCGGGCGAAAUCCGGGAACUGCCAGCAUACUGUUGGCGUUUCUGGCAGCUGUCAGCUUUCGUGGCAUGCGAGCGCCGCUGGCAGCCACGGCCACCCCGAUGGAGAACGCAUCCCUAAUUGCUUCGCCGGCGACGGGGACAAACACAAUGGCAGUGGACGCGGGACCGGGCUCGACGGGAUCUCCUGUCCUGAUGCUAGGCGAUGGCCAGCACGAGGAGGAGGACACCACGGUGGUGGAUUCUUGGAGCGACAGGCCCGACACUGCUACGCUGACAAAGGGCUUCUCGAUUCCCACGUAUUUGCCGCCCUUUCCGGACUUCAUCCCCGCCGAUUUGCCGCACCUGCAGCGGAAUGGCUCCUCUCGAGCUGCGCCUCCUGCAGACAACAGGCCAUCCGGCAGUGCGAUGCCACCUAACGAGCAAUCCCGUCUGCACGCAUACGACAGCGAACAAAAGGCCCAGCAGCUGCGGCGCGAAAAGGAGCUGGCCAAGGAGCGGGAGCUCCUGCCACGUCGUCAGCUCAGCCUGCCCCCGCUGAAUGCCACCGUCCAAGCUGGCCAGCACGCCUAUCUGCCCUGCAAGCUCAACCAGCACUCCGGUAAACCACUCUCCUGGGUUCGUUUACGGGAUGAACAUAUCAUUGCGGUGGAUCACACAACCUUCAUCAACGAUGCCCGGUUCGCCUCGCUGCUCCAGUCGUCCACCUCGACGACAAUUGUAUCAGGGGCAGCGCUUUCAUCCUCGGUGACGCCCUCGGUUGCCCCGGGAAACGGGUCUGCCAAUGGGGGAGCGGGUGGUCAGGAGAGGGGCAACAACGGCAGCAGCCUCAGCUGGACGCUGCAAAUCAAAUAUGUGAAGCUGGAGGACGCCGGCUGGUACGAAUGCCAGCUGGCAACGGAGCCCAAAAUGAGCGCCAAGGUGCAGCUGUUUGUGAUAACACCCCGAACCGAGCUUAUCGGUGAUCGGCAGCGCUUUGUGAAGGCCGGCAGCAAGGUGGAGCUGCACUGCAUCGUACGUGGCACCCUGGAGGCCCCCAAAUAUAUAUUCUGGUACCGUGGCGACCAACAAGUAACUGCCGACAACGAGGCCAGCGGUGCCCAGAGUGGAUGGUACACGCAAAUCGACAGGAAUAUCUUCGGCAGCACCGAGCAUAAUCGGAACACGAUUGGUUCACUGGUCAUCCCGCUAGUGCGCAAGAUUCACUCCGGCAACUACACAUGCGAGCCGGAAAACAGUGCGGCAGUAUCCAUGCAAUUGCACGUCCUGAGCGGGGAAUACUCCGCCUCUGCCAUAAAGUCUACAGCUGCCGGCCUCCAUAGACUGGGUCACGGAUACAGCAGUCUCCACCAGUGGCUGAUUUUUCUUCUGGUGGCCCUGAACAAAACAUGAGUGGUUCUGAAGGCAAUCCUACCAUGGAGAGCGCUGGAAUUAUUAACCGAUCGGUGUGGUUCGUCUAAGACAUUAGUUUAAUUUCUAGGUAAAUUGCACUUACACUCAAACGAUGAUAUGGUUUAUUCUGCUGACACUUCUUAAAGUCUAAGCUCAACUUUCCGAAUAUAAACCACAUUUUUAUACAAGUUCUAGACUAACAAUGUUUUCCUUUACUCUAGUAUUUAGGUCUAGUUCACUAAGAAUUACACUAAGCAUCUAAUUCCGAGUAACGAACAUUUAUUUGUUAUUUGAGUAA